AUGAGUUACCAGCCAUCCGAUAUGUAUCACGACCCUGCCGCGCGGUCCCCUGGAUCUCAACGCCAUCAACAACCGCUGCAUCGUCAACCUUCCCGUCAAUUCGACGCCUACGGUCCCAUGCCCGUGAAUCUCUACGAAGACCAGAUGGCUCGCUAUGAGUCCGCCCGUCUGGAGCGCUUGACGCCUUCGCUGCAGAACAACAACUCCUAUGCAUACGAUCUCUCGGGUUCCCAGACAUGGAAUCCCAAUGGUUUUGCCAACGCGCAGUCGCUGGGAGGCAUCCGGUCGGCCUCGGCCAGCCUGAAGCCGAGUGCUCGCGGACGCACCGGUCUGCCCACGACCUGGUUGGACCAGCAAUCCGGUAUGCCUAAUGCUUUCGCCAACCUCGGUCCUGGCCCCAUUCAGAGCAGUGCCAUGCGCCCGGAUCCCCCGGCGUCCUCCGAGGGGGACGAUGAACUGAUCCCCACCGCCAUUGUGAUCAAGAACAUCCCUUUCGCCGUGAAGAAGGAGCAACUGGUGCAGCUGAUGACGGAGCUGAACCUGCCCCUGCCCUACGCGUUCAAUUACCACUUUGACAAUGGCGUAUUCCGUGGACUGGCCUUUGCCAACUUCACCUCCGCGGAGGAGACCGCGACUGUGAUCGAAGUAUUGAACCACUUCGAACUGCAGGGUCGCAAGUUACGAGUCGAGUAUAAAAAAAUGCUCCCGCUGCAGGAGCGAGAGCGCAUUGAGCGGGAGAAGCGCGAGCGUCGCGGACAACUGGAAGAACAACACCGGCCCAUGGCCUCGUCGCAGCUGCAGACUCAGAGCUCCAUGUCUUCGCUGACCUCUCACAUUCCAGCCACCUCUCCUUCACCGGUCUCGCAGCGCGGCCAGAAGCUGGGUAAGUCUUCGAUCAGGCACUUCCCGACACCCGACAGUGACCUGAUUGCUCAUCACGUGGAACAAGUAGAGGUGGACUUGAAUGACAGCCAGACUCUCUCGUACUACUCCCAAUUACUCCUCUUCAAAGAAGACACGGUCCGGGACUCGGUGGUCUUUCCUCCCAAUUUGACUCCCUCGCAGCGACGCACGGUGCACACUCUGGCGCACAACAUGGGCCUGGGCCACGCCUCCCGCGGCAAUGGCGAUCAACGACAGGUGCAGGUCUUCAAGGUGUCCGCCGGCUCCAAUGUCAGCCCUCCACUCUCCGCCAUCCCUCCUACCGGCUCUCACAGUGACAGCGGGCGCCGCGGCCUCAACCGCGCCGCGACCAUUGACUUUAGCGAGGCUCGUCAAGAGGGGGGCCAAGGUGCCUUCAAUACCCUGCGCGGUCCCACGUCGAACUUCCUCGGGGUCAUGGACUCGACCGGCAACUUCGCCAACACGCAGAACUUGCGUGCAGCCAAGUCAUUCGCCGAUCUCCGAUCUUAUACGCCCUCUCCGGUCCCCUCGAGCGCAAGCUUCCCCGCCGCGCUCCAAUCUAACAAUGGCUCCCGCCUGCAGCAGUAUGACGGCGUUCCGACCGGCUCUUCCAACACCCCGACCCUCACUUCGGCGCCCCCGGGCUCUUCCUUGGGCAUGCAGCGAGAUGAUAAUUUGCUGGUCAACAGCCUAGGUGGCUUGUCCCUGGGUACUGGUAUUGGUGGUCCUAACGCCAGCCCUCGACGAUUGCGUGGUAUGUUUUCUUGGGAGCAGGACAACCAGUCUUCCGCCGCCGGCCCUAUUGGUAGCAACCGUGGCAUGGGAAUGGGUUUUGACAGUACCCAGCAAGAGCGCACGCCGAUCCGACAGCCCCGUGGCCCGACACCCGAGAAGGGCACCGGCUUCCGCCGCCCGAAUGGACAUCAGGCCCGUGGCAGUGACGAGCUCCACACAACGUCCGGAGUCGAGAUCAUUGUCGAAUAG